AAUGUCUUAAACAUGCUGGGUUAUGUAAUGAAUUCACUUCUUUUGAGUUUUAUUUGGAUGGGAACUGUGGCCUAUUAUGCUGGUUUGUCAUGUCGGCCGCAACUGAGACUCACAACAUUCGGUAUCAUAUGCUCGUCUGAGGUUGGUGUCUCGAGGCGACAGGCUUUGGAGCAACUGGAUAAGAAGCUGGCCGAGGACGACGACAGGGCAGCACUCUCACUUGCUAAGGAUUUGCAAGGCAAGCCUGGGGGGCUUCGAUGCUUUGGGGGUGCUAGACAGGUGCCCCAAAGACUUUAUUCCUUGGAUGAAUUGAGGCUGAAUGGAAUCGAAGCAUCGUCUCUUUUGUCACCGGUGGAUGCUACACUUGGUUCAAUAGAAAGAAACCUGCAACUUGCUGCUGCUCUGGGAGGGCUUGCUGCCUGGAAUGUGCUUGGCUUUAACCCACAAGAAGUUCUAUAUUUUUCUCUGGGGCUGCUGUUUCUAUGGACACUGGAUUCAGUCUCUUUUGAUGGAGGUGUUGGUAGCUUGGUUCUUGAUACAAUUGGGCACACAUUUAGUCAGAAGUACCACAAUAGGGUUGUUCAACAUGAAGCUGGCCAUUUCUUAAUCGCUUACUUAGUAGGCAUUCUUCCCAAAGGAUACACACUAACUAGUUUGGAAGCUUUGAAGAAGGAAGGAUCUCUAAAUGUUCAAGCUGGGACUGCUUUUGUGGAUUUUGAAUUUGUUGAAGAAGUUAAUGCAGGAAAAGUAUCUGCUACAACACUGAACAGAUUCUCAUGUAUAGCACUGGCGGGUGUGGCGGCUGAGUAUCUUUUAUAUGGAAUUGCUGAGGGAGGCCUUGCUGACAUUAACAAGUUGGACAUGCUACUUAAAAGCUUGGCCUUCACACAGAAGAAAGCGGAUUCCCAAGUCAGAUGGUCUGUACUGAAUACAGUCCUACUUCUGCGGCGCCAUGAAUUAGCACGAGCUAAGCUUGCAGAGGCCAUGUCCAUGGGAAAGUCUGUAGGAACUUGCAUUGGCGUUAUAGAGGAGACCAUAGACGAUUCAGACAUCCAGCUGCAACUGGGUUGAAGUGGAGGCUCAGGAAUUCAAGCUCCAUUAACAUUUUUUUCCUUCUAAUUUUCUCUUGGAUAGUGAAUUUGAAAAGGGUAGAACAAGUGAAAGAUUUGUGAUACAAGAAGAAGGCAGUAACUCAAUGCACUAAUUCUUUGAAAUUUUUAUGUUGUGAAGGACCAUGUGUCCAAUUAUCAACUCAAACUCAAAUUUGCAUUAAUUCAUCGUUUCUAAAGGGAUGAAUAUACAUUUUCUAUCUUAAAAAGGGCACUG